CACACACACACACACAAAGCAGCAGUAAAGGCAAUGGUGGGAGAAGACGCACGCGGACCUCCGGCGAGCUCAUUUCCACUGUGAUUGACCUGCAGCGGUGUAUCUGGUUGGGAGAAGAUGUCUGUGAACGAGAUGUAUGUCUUCCGGCCCUUCAAGCUGAUCGCUCUGCUGUGCGUCUUCCUGGCGCUGUGUCUGGACGUGGUGGCUCUGCUGAGCCCAGCCUGGGUCACUGCGGAGCAUUUCUCCCUGUCUCUGUGGGAGUCCUGCUCCCAGUCCGAGGCACGGCAUCAGACAGAGGAGGCUCAGUGGAGCUGCUUCUCCACCCUCACAUCUGACUGGCAGAUUGCCACCCUGGUGCUGCUGGUGGCCGGUGCCGUGGCGACUCUCUUGGCCUUUCUGGUGGCCCUGAUUUCCCUCUGCCGGGGGACACAGAGACGGCACUACCGCACUGUGGCUGUGCUCCUUUUCACUGCAGUGGUUCUGCAGGCCUGUGCUCUGGUCCUCUACCCGAUCAAGUUCAUCGACGGUACGGUCCUUCAGACCUAUCACGAGUUCAACUGGGGCUACGGGCUCGGCUGGGGAGCCACCAUCUUCAUGUUGGGCGGGGGGAUACUAUUCUGCUUGCGGACGGACGUAUACGAGGAUGCAAUGUACUGAAUCCUUCCUCAAACCCCCCCGCCACUGGAACUACACACAUAAACAUACACACACAGAAUUCCCAUACAGGAGGUGUGCUACUUUUCCUCACUCGGCACACAGCUAAUGUGUAUUAGAGCACAGACCCAGUCUCUCUUUUUCUCUAGCUGUCUGGGGCUCUCUGUUAUUUUUAGACAGGUUGUGGGGGCUGUAUGAAUAGCACCCCCCACCACACCUCCUCCCAUGCAGCCAGCGGGUGCCUCAGCCCUGCCGGUAUCAGGGAUGAGGUGGCAAAGCUAAA